AUGGUCUCUGCUGCGACUAUGCUCGGUGCCGCCUACGCGCUCGCUCUAGUAGCAGCCGCUUCGCCUUGUACCGAGCAGCAGAUCGAGCAAGAUGCCAUGAAGCUGCUGCAAGAUCAUGUGGACGUGGAGCUAGGCGGUGUCGGGGCGGGCAAGAGCGACGUCGUGGGGUUCCAAUAUCUUAAACCAGCAGAAGCUCUUUUGGCAGCACAAGCACGUGCUCAUGAGAACUUCACUCAGGCAGCAGCUCAAGUCCAGCGCAUCCUCACGUACCAGACACCUGACGGGUUACUGCCGCACUUGGUCUAUGGCUCAUCUGUGCCGUCCGGGUUACAUUGGAUACCCAGUAAUCGAACCUUCCACCCCGGUCCUGCAUUUUGGCAGCCAACGUCGCUAAAGGAGCACGAGAAGACAGUUCGGACUUCGUCAUUCUCCACCUCAACGAUCUCUGCUCCUCCUGUGGCAGCUGACGUGGCCUGGGAGAUCUUUCGCUUGGCGCCAUAUGACUCAACGCUCGGUGUGCGGACGACUGCUGUUCAGUUCCUGUGCGAUGUAUACGAGCCACUCAAGAAGCUGCAGAAACACUUAUUUGCAACGCGCCGUGGUGUCAGUGGUCUGCUGGCUGCUCGCCAUCCAUGGGAAACGUUUUCAUCGCUGUCUCUGCACUGGAAAGGAUUCCUUGCCGAGGUGAAGAAAGCACCGGACUACGACACAGUGGUAAAGCGUAUCCCGCAGCAAGCCCGGCGACGUUUCGAAGUCGGUGCCAGUACAAUAUUUUCAGCACAAGAUGCAGUGGAGAACAUCUACGAGCCCAUGAUAUAUCUUGCCGCACGAACACAUCAGGGAGCACGAGGCAGUGCAAUUGAUAAUCAUGGACUAGCUGCGUUCAAUUCUACCACGAACAAUCGAUUCGCGGUUGAAGACGUGGAGUUCAAUUCCCUUAUGCUGCGGUCAUCUUUGGGGCUUGUAAACAUUGGCCGUGUCCUUGUAAAGCAUUCAUCCGUGUGCACGGGCUUUUACCUAACCCAAAAGGAGCUUCUUGUUGAGGUGGAAGAGCUUUGGGAGCUAAGUGAAGGUCUGAAGGUGGCUCUCGUCGGCAGCGACAUAACUCGGGGUUUGUGGAACAUAUCGACUGACUUUUUCGCUGACUCGAGUCAGGUUGCAACGACUGCAGCUCACUCCUUACGCGGGUUUCUACCUGGGUAUGCUGUGGAGCUAGACGACAACAAGAAGAUGCGGUCGAUGAAGCAUUUUCUUUCCGAGCCCGGUUCGUUUUCUUUCCUUUGCGCUCGGUUCCCGGCUUCAUUCAUUUCGUGUUCGGGGGACGAUUGGACCGAAGAUGCUGGCUCAACGAGCCACCGUCCAGCAACUACUACGUGGCUUCUCUACAACUACUUUCUACAGCGGGGAUUUGUCAAGAACAAGUUUCCAGGACUGGCAGAUUACGUCCGCAACAAGACCAGGGAAAUGGUAUGCAAGGCAACUGCGUUGACUCGACCGUCUCUUUUCCGGUUCCCGCUUUUGUUGGAGGCAGAAGAGCCCGCUCGAACAGCUCUGUCACCAGCUUACAACUCUCACGAUGGCAGGCCAGUCGAAGUAUUUGACGACAAUUAUUUGGACUCGACCCUAGCUGCUGCUGCAUUACUAAACAUUCUGCUACCCGCAGUGACGCCACCACCGAGUCCAGACACGCCGCCUGUUGACCACCGUAUUCUCUCCGUUAUCAUGUGUGUUGAGCUGGUCGUAGCCUUUGGAGUCGCUAUGAGCUGUUUUCUGUUUUCAGUUUAUUUUGUGGCGAAUCGACCGCGACAAGCACAUCACUUUCCUGUGUCCACGGCUUGUCGACAAUCAGCCGCAGAGCAUGCAGAAAGGAUUUCUCAAGGAAAACCAGAUCACAACAUCGAGGAUGUAAAUGAUCGCGGUGCUAGCGGAUAUUCGUGGGUAAACAGGUACUCGGAAUCGUCUUUCAGCGACUGCUCUCCAAGAUCCGAGUACACUCCACAGGAACUAGAGGAAUCGUUGCUUGUCGCGGCCAACGGGCGUUACGGAUCAUUUAAUGAGGAUACGAGGCCACAAACUACGUCCAAUUUUGUCUGGAAAGCUGGAAAAAAAGUGCUAGCAGCCAUCAGCCCCUGGUGA